AUGGCUGCUGCCGCUGCUGUACAAAGCUUACAAAACCAUAACAACACCAAUCAGGACGUUAGUAAACAAGAUAUACAAGCUGCCAUUGCUAAGGCAGUAGAGCUUAGAGCUUUACAUGCUGCUCUAAUGCAAGGAAACAGCCCUGCUAAUCUCAGAUUCCCAUCUUCUUCCCCUGUUUCACGCCCUACUCCACACUUCUCUGCUCAAGAUUACCCUGUUUUUACCCCAAGUUAUGAAGAUGAACCGUUACCAGGACAUCAUCGGAUUCAUACAAAAUCAAUAACAUUAUCAGAAAGCUGGGAUGAUUUUGGCCCAGAAGGAGGAAGUGGAUUUGAGACUGUUUUAUCAGAUUAUAAGAGGGAGGAUUCGUGGUCAAGGAAAGGGGUUCCUUUUGGUAUGUCCAAUCUGGAAUCCCAUAUUUGUCCAGCUGAUGAUCAAAAAUCUGUUACUAGUUCUUCUGCAAAUAACAUCACUGUGCUUCGCGCAUCGCCUGGAACUGAAUUUUACAAGUCUUGUAGGAGGAAUAGCUUGGCAGACUUCAAAUCCAGAUCAUCUUGCAAUAGAUGCAAGCCGGCUACUAUAACCACCGAGUCUGAAAAAGUUACCAAGAAUAGCAAGCAUUCUAAUACCGUUGUGCCAUUGACAGAUUCUCAUUCAUCCCUUCAAUCACAGCCGAAAAACCGGGGAGUGAUGUCAUGGUUGUUUCCUAAGUUAAAGAAGAAGCAGAAGAAUGAGUAUUCACCGAACAGAACAGAAUCCGAGGAGGUUUCGCAGGUUUUCAAGGACUUGGGGAUAUUGUCAAUUGAAACAUUGAAGAGAGAAUUGAUGGAAGCAAAUGAGCAUAGAGAUGCAGCCUUAACGGAGGUUUCUGAGAUGAAAUCUUCAUUGGGGGAGCUAAGGCACAAGCUUGAGUAUUUGGAGAGUUACUGUGAAGAGUUGAAGAAAGCUUUAAGGCAAGCAACACAAGGAAACGACACACAAUUUGUUGAAAAGCUCGGAAACUUUCCGAAUAGAGGGAAAUCCAUUGAUGGAAAUGCAGAAAACUUGAUGCCGGUAAGCGAAGAGGUAAUGGUCGAAGGUUUCUUGCAGAUAGUAUCAGAAGCAAGACUUUCAGUGAAGCAAUUCUGCAAGGCACUAGUAGGACAGAUCGAGGAAACAGACAGUACUCUCAUGAACAAUUUGAACUUGCUUCUUCAACCAUAUAAACUCUCUCUAAACUCCAAGUACUCGAAGGCAGUACUAUACCAUCUGGAGGCCAUAAUAAACCAAUCACUCUACCAAGAUUUUGAGAACUGUGUGUUCCAAAAGAAUGGUUCACCAAAGAAUCUAGACCCAAACCAAGAUCGCCAGGGACAGUUUUCUUCCUUCGUUGCGUUGAGGAAUCUAAGUUGGAAUGAAGUUUUAAGGAAAGGGACGAAGUAUUACAGUGAAGAGUUUAGCAAGUUUUGUGAUCAGAAAAUGAGCUGUAUUAUUACAACAAUGAAUUGGACAAGACCAUGGCCUGAACAACUUCUUCAAACCUUUUUUGUCGCUGCUAAAUGCAUAUGGUUGCUUCAUUUGCUUGCGUUUUCAUUCAAUCCACCACUUGGAAUUUUAAGGGUUGAGGAGAAUAGAAGCUUUGAUUCACAUUUCAUGGAGGAUAUGUUCAUGGAUAGGCAAAAAUCACACGGUCCAAGCAGAGUUAAGAUCAUGGUAAUGCCAGGGUUUUAUGUUCAGGAUAGGGUUCUAAGAUGUAAGGUUCUUUGCAGGUAUAAGUCUGUACCUUAG